GCGUGGCCUCGGGCAGGGGCGGGGCCCAGGCCACACUGCGCAGACUCCGGAGCUAGCCGUUUCCAUGGCAGCGAGGCCCACGCGCCCCAGCAGCUCCGCAACUGUCGCGUCCCAGACUUCCACCCCUCGGGACGCCCAAACGUGUCAGUAUCCCCACCUCUGCGCCGACUGCUGCCCAGGGUUUUCUCUGUCCCAGGCCCCACCAUGGGCGACCUGGAGCUGCUGCUGCCCGGGGAGGCUGACGUGCUGGUGCGGGGACUUUGCAGCUUCCCGCUGCUGGAGAUGGGCUCUGAAGGGUGGACCCAGCAGCAUGAGAACCUGGAGAAGCUGAACAUGCAGGCCAUCCUUGAUGCCACGGCCAGCCAGGGCGAGCCCAUCCAGGAGCUGCUGGUCACCCACGGGAAGAUCCCGACGCUGGUGGAGGAGCUGAUAGCAGUGGAGAUGUGGAAGCAGAAGGUGUUCCCUGUGCUGUGCAAGCUGGAGGACUUCACGCCCCAGAACACGUUUCCCAUAUACAUGGUGGUACACCACGAGGCCUCCAUCAUCAAUCUCCUGGAGACUGUGUUCUUCCACAAGGAGGUGUGUGAGUCAGCAGAGGAUACUGUCCUGGACCUGGUGGACUACUGUCACCGCAAACUGACCCUGUUGGUGGCCCGGACUGGCCAUGGUGGCCCCCCAGAGGAGGAGGAGUCCCAGUAUAGCACCCCCAUGCAGGAGCUCCAGAAGCAGGCAGAGCUGAUGGAGUUUGAAAUCGCGCUGAAGGCACUCUCAGUGCUCCGCUACAUCACUGACUGCGUGGACAGCCUGUCCCUGAGCACCCUGAGCCGCAUGCUCAGCACCCACAACCUGCCCUGCCUCCUGGUGGAACUACUGGAGCACAGUCCCUGGAGCCGGAGGGAAGGAGGCAAGCUGCAACGAUUUGAGGGAGGCCGCUGGCAGACAGUGGCCCCCACAGAGCAGCAAAAGCUGAGCAAGCUGGAUGGGCAGGUGUGGAUUGCCCUGUACAACCUGCUGCUGAGCCCUGAGGCCCGGGCCCGCUACUGCCUCACAAGCUUUGCCAAAGGACAGCUACUCAAGCUCCGGGCCUUCCUCACAGACACACUGCUUGACCAGCUGCCCAACCUGGCAGACCUGCAGAGCUUCCUGGCCCACCUGGCCCUGGCUGAACCCCAGCCCCCCAAGAAGGACCUGGUGUUUGAACAGAUCCCAGAAAUCUGGGAGCGGCUGGAGCGAGAGAACAAAGGCAAGUGGAAGGCUAUUGCCAAGCACCAGCUGCGGCAUGUAUUCAGCCCCUCAGAGCAGGACCUCCGGCAGCAGGCGCGGAGGUGGGCCGACACCUACAGACUGGACGUGCUGGAAGCAGUGGCUCCAGAGCGGCCCCGCUGUGCCUACUGCAGCGCAGAGGCCUCCAAGCGCUGCUCACGGUGCCAGAAGGAGUGGUACUGUUGCAGGGAGUGCCAAGUCAAGCACUGGGAAAAGCACGGAAAGACUUGUGUCCCAGCAGCCCAGGGCGACAGAGCCAAGUGAAGGCUGCAGCUGCUGAAGGCCGACCACCAACGCCACCCUUGAGAACUCAGCCUGGCCUCUGCUAGAACCCCCAUCUCCCAGGUGGAGCGGCAGGCAGGGCGGAGCGGCAGUCCAGUCUCCCCCAGCAAAGAGCUCCCCACCCCCACCCCCACCCCGUUUCCUGCCCCACCCAGCGGGUAGGCUUAGGGCGCUGCCUCAGCUGGGGCAGGCUGCGGCCUGGGCGAGGGGCGAGGGCCGGAUGUGGGGACCCUCUUCCUCUUGCAUGGUAAAGUUGGCCUCCAGAAACCUGCCUCUCUCCGCGUGGCCCUUUGCACUCCCUCUUCGUCGUGAGGGGGAGGGGAGUAACUCUCG